AUGAGUUUGCUCCAACAAAUCUUGGAGACAAUGUAUAUUGACCCUGAGCUCCUGGAGGAGCUCAGCAAGGAUCAAAAGGAAGUGCUGUUCCACAAGAUGCGCGAGGAACAACUCCGCCGCUGGCACACCCGCAAAACCCAAGACUUUGAAAGGCUCCAGGGCAAGAAGCGCGUGCCUCGGCUCAAGUUUGCGCCCAGUGUCUUCAUUUACGAAGAUGAUGAUGUCGACAAGAAAGCGAAUGAAGCUGCAAAACGCUUGGAAGAACGGGAGAAGGAACGCGAGGCCGCCCAAAUGCGCGCCGACGAGGAACAGGCUCGCAUCCUGGCAGAGAUUCAGAUUCAGGAAGAAAUCGAACGUCAAACGGCUGAACAAGCUCGCAAAGCCGAAGAGCUGCGCAUUCGCGAGCUGGAAGAGCAACGCAAGCUUCAGGAAGCCGCCCUUCGCGAGCGCCAAGCACAGAUUGAACGCGAACAAUACAUGUCUAUGAAAGAGGCCCGCCUGGCUGCCGAAGCCGAGGCCAAGGCGCAGCGCGCCCGUGAAGAAGCCGCCCGCAAACUCGCCGAAGAACGUGCCCGCGAAGAAGCUCGCCUCGAAGCCGAACGUAAAAAAGCUGAAGCCGAAGCCCAGCGCCAAGCCGAGGCCAAACAACAAGAAAUUUACAUGUCCAUGCGCGAAAUGCGCGAACAGGCCCGCAAACAACGCGAAAUGGAAGAACGUCAAAUGGAUCAGAUGUUUCAGGAGCAAGAAUCUCGCUCCAAGCAACACGAGGCCGAACAACGUGCUGCUGCCGAACGUGCCCGCAAGGCAGCCCAAGCUACCGAGAACAUCUUCAAACAGCUCGAGGCUCACAGCAAACCAGCAGCCCCUCAAGUUGCACGCGCCACCAACAUGGCCCGCUCGGCCAGUCUGGCAAAGCGACCUGCAUCCCCGCCCCCAACCGGUCCUGGUCACUCCAACACACUGCCUCUGCCGCCGCGCAAGGGUUCGAUGGCUGACGUCGGUGCACGACCGAGCAAGCCUAGUAGUUUGGAGGAUGUGCUGCACUGGUUUCGCACGUCAGAAAUUCCUCGUGGUGUCGGAAAAUCAGCCACGGGACGUUGGGAGAAUUGGUUUCAUGGCCCGAUCUCACGGCCAGAGGCUGAAAGGCUCCUCAAGGGCAAGCCCAAGGGUGCCUUCUUGCUCCGCAUUUCCACGCGCAUCUGGGGCUACACACUCAGCUUUGUUGACUCUGACCGCUACAAACAUUUUUUGGUUGAUGCCUCGGAUGGCAAAUAUUCAGUGUUCGGCGCCCAAUCCAACGCGACUCACAUGAGUUUGUCGCGGCUUGUGGCUUUUCACAAAAAAGUGGCCGUGUCCAAGACCGGCACCAUGCUCACCGAGCCUGUCGGCGAGCUGCAAGGCAAUGCAAGCUUGCUUCAAGUUGUCAUGUAA